AUGAGACAAGAUAUUCAAAGUUUGAGGGGUCUUGCAAUUAUAUUUGUGUUCCUUUACCACCUCUAUCCAUCAGUUUUUGUGAAUGGCUUCCUUGGAGUUGAUAUAUUCUUUGUCAUCUCAGGAUACCUCAUGGCAAAAAACUUGACAAAAUUCAAACUAAAGAAGCUAUCCGAUUUUUCUGGAUUUUACUACAGAAGAUUUAAAAGAAUUCUUCCUCUUUACUUCCUUGUUGUAUUUAUAUCUGUGGUACUUGUGCAUCUUUUCUUGGGAGACUUUUGGUGGAGAAUCAAUUGGAGGUAUUCAAUAGCUUCAUUGUUUUUGGUAACGAAUCAAGUUCUCAUUCAUGAUUCGGCGGAUUAUUUCAAGCAUUUCUUAGCCGACGAGAAGUCUCCAAAUGUCUUCCUUCAUCUAUGGUCUCUGGGAGUUGAAAUGCAAUUUUAUCUCAUUGUUCCAUUCAUUUUCUUUGCUCUUCAAAUUCUCAAAAGUGACAUUUUAAAACUGAUUGCUGUUUUCCUCACCAGCAUCAUUGGUGGAAUUGCGUUCUCCCUCAUCAAUGCUCAUUUCGCAUUCAACUUCAUGGCUCUCAGGUUAUGGCAGUUUUCUGCAGGCUUUUGUGCACUGUUUUGGAGCAAAGUGUUCGUCAAGAAGCUUCCCGAGAAGGUGGAGAACCUAAAAGUUCGAGCAAUAAUUGAAAAAGAAGAUGUUGUGACUACUAUUCUCUCAAUACUGUUCUUGUGUAUUUUCCCAAGCGGUAUCGAUAAACAAGUGUUGAGACCAUUAGUUACAUUUGCUACCGGCGCUUUGAUUGUAGCCGAAUCUCGAGACAACAAGCUUCUCAAAUCUGACAUGCUUAUAUACAUGGGCAAUAUUUCCUACAUUGUGUAUCUCGUUCAUUGGCCAAUCCUUUCAAUUUUCGCUAUCAAAACAAACUUCCAAUGCGAUCUUCUUGUAACAUUGCUCACUCUCCUUUCAUCAGUCUUCCUACACCAUCUUUACGAAAAACAAUACCUAAAGCUCUCCUGGAAAUACAUAUUUCCUCUUGUCUUCUCUCUAAUAGCAGCCAACGCCGGUUUGCAAUAUAGCGUCAGAGAACACACAGGAUUCUGGGAAAGAUCUUAUCCACCAGAGCUUCAAACAAUCAUUGAUAACAAUAAGGGCCUUCAAGACUAUUGGGUUCGCGUUCCAGAUAAAAAUGAUAAAUGUGUCACCACAGAUAUGAAACAUCCUGAUCAAGCAAGCCGUGGGUAUGAGUUCUGCGAAUUUCCGCGCGGGAAAGGAAAUAUUUCGAUAAUGAAUAUAGGAAACAGUUAUGUCAAGAAUCUCAACGGGCACAUCCGCUCUCAAUUCAAUUACAACUUCUCGGACUACAGGUUUUUAUCAAUUAUUGCCGGAUUCGGAAUCUAUUCGGAUCCAUUAUCCGAGUAUACGGUGGAAUUGUUCAAGGAGCAAGUGAAGAAAUAUAAACCUGAUGUAUUGUUUAUUACUGCGAGAUUCUCGGACUACAUCAAAAUACCAAUCCAGACAAAUGAUACAAUUGUUCAGCAAAUAAACGAAAACAUUAAGUACUAUGAGAAGUUUUCAAAAAAAGUUUAUAUUUUGGGAUCUCUUCCGUUAUACAAGUUGAACUUUAUCAACCACUUUCUGCAAUACGCAAUACAGAAGCCUGAGGACUUGGAACAACUUCAUUUGAAUCAAAAACUAGCUGAUGAAGAGAGAAAAUAUGCAGUGGAGAGGUUGAAAAUGAUCAAGUGUGAGAGGUGUAAAAUCUACGAUUUGAGCCCAGCAUUCCUUGAAAAAGGAAAAUACUUGUCGUUUGAUAGGAAUACAACACUGACCUACGUGGACAACUCGAUUCAUUUGACUGGUCCAGGACUGGAACUUUGUGAUCCAAUAUUUUCGAAAUUAGCUCAAGAAAUCAUGAACAGUUUUUGA